AUGUCCCUCUGCAGGGGCAGGCUGGGGGGGUCGCCCCCGCCCCAGGCCCUGGCCGCUCACGAGACCGAGUGCAAGAUCUGCUAUGAGCCCUUCGACAGCCACACCCGGCGGCCCAAGCUGCUGACCUGCCAGCACCGGAUGUGUGCCAGGUGUCUGCACAAGAUGGCAGACCCGGGGGAGUCUCCCGGGAGCCUACGCUGCCCCUUCUGCCGCCGGGAGACGCUCCUGCCCGACAAGGAGGUCAGCCGGCUGCAGGACGACGGGCGAGUGCUGGCCUUGCUGAGCGGCCGGGAGCGGGCACGCAGGCCAGGGCGCCCGCCUCUCUCCCCGGAGGUGCUGCUGUGCCCCAGCAUCCUGGAGCCCUUUGGGGAGGGCAAGCACAGCUCCUCCGACUGCCUGGUCAUCACCCUCCUGGAGAUGCCCGAGGACCUGGCGGCGCCCGAGGGCGUGGGGCUCCUGGACGUCAUGCGGCUCUAUCGCCCGCCCAGCUUGGCUUCGCUGCCCUGCCAUGCCCCCCUGGCCAAGUGCCCGGCUUUCAGCGCCUGCCCUGCCCUGCCCCGCUUCCUCAUGGGCGUCCUCUGCCUGGUCUACUUCAGCUCCCUGCCCUUGGGCGUCUACCUCCUCCUGGUCGAGCGCCUCAGCCUGGGCAUCGUUUUGGUGAGCCUCGUGCCCGCCACUCUCAUCCUCUGCAUCUUCUACAGCCUCUGCCAGUGUUUGCGCCAUGAAAUCUUCGAUUUCCCUUCUUGA